GUCUCAGAGAGAAGUUAGAGGAGGAGAAAAGAAAGGGGGGUCUUCACAGCUGAGAUUUGGGGCUCCCAAAGGCGUCAUGCAGAGCCGAUCAUUGUCUCUCUCACACUUUCUAACUAGCCAUUUCACAACAUGCAGACAGCGGAUCGGGCUGUACGCAGCAGCAGCAGCAGCAGCAGCAGUUGUUUUGCCCUCGGGGCUUUUUUUCCUCCCCGACGUCGACCAUAACUAACAAUUUGGAUCCAGCGUGCGGAUGAGGGCAAUUACGGGACAUAAUCUAUCAUAAUGUCUCCCUUUCGAUCGACUGAUAGUCAAAUGAGUUAAGCAAUGGCUGCAGACAUCUGAGUCUUCCCCGGGUGUGAGAAGUGUUGACUGUUCAAAUGAAUCCAAACUAAAGAAGAAGAAGAAGAAGAAGAAAAGCACUUUGAUUUCACCGAAAAGCAGAUCGGUGGACACCAUGCACAAAUCGGCGGAUUUUACACUCAGAGAGCCACUGGGUGCGUUUGAAUUGGGAUUACUGUGACACACACACACAGGUCUCUUUUUCAAAAGAAGGAGAUUUUUUAGUGGGAGUCUUGCUUCUUCUCGCUCCUGUUCGCUGUCCUCCGGAUCCUGCAGGACUCCAGAGUCGCGGAGAGCCCAUGCAGUCGCCAAGGGAGAGGAGUGAAGUGCGAGCCCGAGCUGGAUGGAUGGUUAUGGGGAAAAGAGGAAGACCCUCGGCGCUUGACGUGUUCAGAGUCCUGGUUGUGUUUCUCUCACUCUUCCCCUCCGUGAGUCUGCAGUGCAAGAUCCUCAAGUGUAACUCUGAAUUUUGGGCCGCCACCUCGAACUCUGGACCAGAGGAGGAGGUUUGCACAGCCCUGCGAGCAUACAACAGCUGUGUUCGCCGGACCGCUCGAACCUGCAGGGGUGACCUGGCAUACCACUCCGCCCAGCAUGGCAUAGAGGAUCUAAUGAGCCAACACAACUGCUCCAAGGAGGGUCCGACAUCCCAACCUCGAGCACGUACCCCGAUUCCACCUCCACCACCGCCUCUCCUACCUGACAGCCAGGAGCGCUCUGAUGGCCCUGAAGUGUGCCAUUAUGAGCGCAGCCUGGCACGCAACCCGGCUCCGCCUAACUACACCCACUGUGGUUUCUUCGGAGACCCCCACCUCCGAACCUUUGGAGAUGAUUUUCAGACGUGCAAGGUGGAAGGAGCUUGGCCGCUCAUCCACAACAAGUACCUGUCUGUCCAGGUGACCAACACUCGUGUGGUGCCGGGUUCAAUGGCAACUGCCACAAGCAAGCUCACAAUCAUCUUUAAGAACUUCCAGGAAUGUGUGGACCAGAAAAUGUACCACGCAGAGACAGAUGAGCUGCCAGCUGCUUUUGCAGACGGCUCCAAGAACGGAGGGGACCGCAAUGGGGCGAACACCCUACGUGUUGUGGAGAAAGUCCCAGGGCAGCACGUGGAAAUCCAGGCCAGGUACAUCGGGACGACAAUAGUGGUCCGACAGGUCGGCCGCUACCUUACCUUUGCUGUGAGAAUGCCAGAGGAAGUUGUGAACUCUGUGGAGGAAGGCGAUAACCAGGACUUGUACCUGUGUCUUCACGGCUGCCCUGCCAACCAGCGUAUUGAUUUCAGGAGCGUCAGGGCUCGAGGGGGGGAGUCCCAAGGCGCGACGAGGACCAGGAGCAGCUUCACUUACCAGUCUGCCAAAGCUAAGUGCAAGGAGAGGCUCCCGGUUGAGGAUCUGUACUUUCAAUCGUGCGUGUUUGACCUCCUCUCCUCCGGGGACAUAAACUUCACAAUGGCAGCCUACUACGCCUUUGAGGAUGUAAAAACGCUCCACUCAAACAGCAAAAAAUACCACAUCUAUGAAAAUGGUCAUGGUUUGAGCAAUGCGCCACAGAGAGGCAAACUUUCCCUCUUCUUCCUCAACCUCCUUGCUGUGUUGUUGUGGAUUGAGGGUUGCACAGUUUAUCUAUAGUCUCUUUACAACAGUACCCUCAUGGUGCAUCAGUGAGUGAGUGUUAGAGUACCAUCGCUGUGUCGUUCAUCGGCUCCUCUCUUCUACUCUGGCUCUGUAACGUCAUCGCUGGCUUGCCUGCUGCAGGCUCAUCCCAGCUCGGAGUUUCAUUUUUUUUAGUGUUAUUGUCGUGUUUUGACUUCAGAGGAAUGACAGGGCGAGAUCACCAUGGCCCCAUCUGUCACCGCUUGUAUUUAGCUGGUUUAUAGGACUGGUCUUUGAUGGGAGCAGCGGUGAGAGAGCCCAGCGACUCCAGAGCUCAGGACAUCCACCUGGGAUUAUAACCCACAUUCUCACCAGGGCUUGCAUGCCUAUGGGAAGCCGGACAAAGAUGAUGUUUUGCAGAAAGAGGAGUUUGCUGAUCCUCUCUCCGCCUGAUCCCCUCAUUGGUGCUGAGCCAGUGAAGCUCUCUGUGGCUCAUGUGGCGGAGCGAGCGGACCUGACAAGGCCUUUUGUUAACCUAAGGCCAGAAGCAGCUCUAUGUUGAUUAGUUUCCAGCUUUGGAAAAGCCUGAGCCCUUUUUUGGAGGAAGCACCCGGCCAAAAGGAUGUCAGAGCAGCGUCUCCAGUCGUCUGCUGUGGAGAUUAAUGGGUCAUAUUGUUAGGUUUUGUGUGUUUGUGUGUGCGUGUGUGUGCGUGUGUGCGUGCAUGACUACAAUAUGUGUGCAGAAUUCAGUGUCUGUUGUUAAUUUUGUAUUUGUGCGGGUUCCCAGAAAUGAGAUAACAAAACUGCAGUUGGAAAAAAAUCUUUCCAGGUCUUUGUUUUGCACCCAAGUUUUCAGAAACAGAGAAGAAGAAGAGGCGCUCUGCAGCCGCUUUGCUUAAAAUGGACUCGUUCAGUCUGGGGAGACGAUCUCUAAAGGGAAAUGAUAAAAGUAAUCUCUUCUCAUCUGUGUGUCGUUUUCAGCGUCACACGGCCUUUUCACUCUUAUUGUUCGAGCUGACGUGUGGAUCAGACAGUGUUUUGUACUCUCAUUCUGUAAUGUGAAUGUAGCAAACAAGAAAGCAAAAGAACAACCUCGGCGAAGACGCUUCAAGAGUGUUUACAGAUUUUAAGACCAGACCAAUCAAACUGAGACACCUCUUUUGAUAGCAUUUUGUGAAUUUAACUCCCUACUUUCCAGUAGUUGCAAACAGUGGUGUUAGUACUUAGCUGUAAAGACGUCAGUUUAGCAUUUUAUAGACUACCAAUGUGCUGACCUGACUGUGGCUUAGUGCUUAAAUGAUAAGCAUAUGUCUGUAGACGUGAUUUCAUGGCUUAAGUCAUUGCCAAAGAACAAGCCCUCGUGCCAACAUUUCCCUAAAAGCUGAAUUUUCAUCCUUCAGUCUUAAACUACUCACGUUAGAGGGAUUCUUCGAUGUGUUUAACUUGUGUAUUUGUUGGGGACUUUGCAGCAGGCAGAGACAUUUACAGUAACGCACUCUAUGUUUUUGCAGUUUCACUUUUGCUUGUGUUUCACGAUCGCACUCCUCACCACAAGAGGUUUCCAUUUGAACUUUGCUUUCAGCUGCAGUAUCUGGUAAUGUGUACGCCAUCCCUGUAGAUACUGUUACCACUCGGGCUCAUCCAUCCUUUACACUGAAGUAUUUUGGCAGGCCUUACUACUGCUAUUAGGAAUACGUAUAGGUGCAGUUUGAUAACACAAAAAAAAUCCUUCAAACAGAUGAUUGUAAUGUUGAAUCUUGUGUUCAUAGAUGUAAUUUGUAUUGUGAGUUUUACAGUAAAUGGUUCUACACGUGUAAUGUGAGAUUGUACAUAUGUUUGUGAGUUUUAAAUUUGUAUAGUACCAGUUGUGUUGAAUUUAACACUCCAGUUUUUGUACAUCAGAUGUUUUGGUGAAUGUGAACCUUUUUUUUUUUUUUUUUGAAAAGGGAUAUUUUUUGCAAAGACGUGAACACCACAGAAAGGAGUCUUCCUCACUGAAUACAGCAAAUUGAUGUAGUUUUGUGGAUAAAGUAACAUCUGCUUGCUCAGUGGUGGGAAUGUACAAACGUGUUCUGUGUUGUUCAUGUUUUGGAGUUCAAAGCACUUUAUGUUUACAUUUUCAUUUAGCUCUUAUUUUACGUUUCGUCAGACUGGUGAAAUCUAAAAAAAAACAGCUGAAUGGGUAAUGCCAGACAGAUCAAACUGUGUUUUUAUGUAAAGAAAAUGUUGUGCCACACGCCAGCUGUUUAUAAUGUAAAUUAUUUAUUGAAUAAAAGAAAACGUCAUGUUAA